AGGCGCUUCACUCUCUCCUCUGACAGAGCAGCAGCAGCGGAGGAUGUCGCUGGAGAGGUGAUGCUCCUCCGGUGCGGGACCGCUUCACACCGAGCUGUCGACGGGAAUGCAUCAACUGUCUGCUGAAAGUGUCUCUGAGUCGUCUUGGCCCUCGGCUGCAGGGCGGUGAGCAGCUACCAUGACCUACCCCAACACCAGCAUACUGACGGCCAACUUCAGUGGCACUCUGGACAGCCAUGACUCCGGGGGAAACAUUUACCGGCCCUUCUCCGUCUUUAGUGUGCUCACUCUUACCUUACUGGCGAUGCUGGUGGUGGCCACCUUCGUCUGGAACUUGCUGGUGCUGGUGACCAUCCUGAGGGUGAGGACGUUCCACCGCGUCCCCCACAACCUCGUGGCUUCGAUGGCCAUCUCCGAUGUGAUGGUGGCCGCCCUGGUCAUGCCUCUCAGUCUCGUCCACGAGCUGAAUGGCCACCUGUGGAAAUUGGGCCGUGUGCUAUGCCAGGUGUGGAUCUCCUUCGAUGUGCUCUGCUGCACGGCCAGCAUCUGGAACGUGACGGCCAUUGCGCUGGACCGCUACUGGUCCAUCACCAGGCACCUGGAGUACACGCUCAAGACGCGCAAAAAGAUCUCCAACGUGAUGAUCGCGCUCACCUGGCUGCUGUCCUCUAUCAUCUCCCUGUCGCCGCUCUUCGGCUGGGGGGAGACGUACUCAGAGGGCAUGAAGUGCCAGGUGAGCCAGGAGCCGUCCUACACCAUCUUCUCCACCUUCGGAGCGUUUUACCUUCCUCUGUGUGUGGUGCUCUUUGUUUACUGGAAGAUCUACAAGGCGGCUAAGUUUCGGAUUGGCUCCCGCAAGAACAACACAAUCACACCCAUGGCUGAGGCGGGCGAAGUGAAAGAGGAAACACAGCAGCCCCAGAUGGUGUUUACUGUGCGGCACGCCACCGUGACCUUCCAGACAGACGCUGACACGUGGCGCGAGCAGAAGGAGAAAAAGGCGGCGCUGAUGGUCGGCAUUUUGAUCGGCGUGUUUGUGCUUUGCUGGAUUCCCUUCUUCAUCACCGAGCUCAUCGUGCCGCUGUGCUCCUUCGACAUCCCGCCCAUCUGGAAGAGCAUCUUCCUGUGGCUUGGCUACUCCAACUCCUUCUUCAACCCGCUCAUAUACACCGCCUUCAACAAGAACUACAACAACGCCCUGAGGAACCUCUUCUCUCGACAGCGCUGAGACACUCGGCUCGCUCGGCUGACAUGCGGCACCAGUGCACACUCCACACCUUUCCUCCUACACACUGAGAAGAACUGAUGAUGGAACCACAAACUGUGACAGACAGAAACUGUCUCUGUAAACGUGUCGUUUUUUUAUUUCGGAUGUGUUUGGAUAUGUUGUUUUUGUUUAUUACUACACUGAUGUUACCUCACAGCUGGACUGAAAUGAGAGUCUGAGGUGCUGUAGCUACACGGAGGAGAAUAAAUUAGUUGU